AUGGAUGAUUAUACUAUUACCGCGGCCAUGGCCUGUCUCAUUGGUUUCUCGGCGCUAUCCACAGAGCUUGCCAAACAUGGUCUCGGUAAAGACAUCUGGACCAUUCCGUUCGACAGUAUCACCUACAUCCUCGAGGUAUAUUUCGUCGAUGAGCUGCUCUAUCUUGUUGUCAUAUCCAUGACCAAGCUAUCCAUCCUAUUCUUUUACCUCCGCAUCUUUCCGGACAAGACGUUCCGAAAAAUAUCCUACGGCGUCAUGGGAUUCUGCAUUGCAUACUUGAUUACAUUCUUGAUUGUCUCCAUAUUCCAAUGCAACCCGGUAAAGGCGGCAUGGCUACAUUGGGACGGCUCAUACCACGGCGCCUGCAAUAACGUCAAUGCGCAAGGCUGGGCGGCAGCAGCUUUCAACAUCGCUCUGGACCUCACAGUUCUUUUCCUACCUCUCCGGCAGCUUUCGAAGCUUGUCAUGGGCUGGAAGAAGAAGCUCCAACUCUUGCUCAUGUUCUUAGUUGGUGGCUUCGUCACCAUUGUCAGUGUCAUUCGGCUCGAGACGCUUUUCAAAUUCUCGAACAACACCAACUUUACAUGGGAGAGCGCACCAUUCGGAUACUGGAGUACGAUCGAGAUGGAUGUCGGCAUUGUGUGCGCCUGCAUGCCUGCCGUCCAAGCACUGCUGAAAAGAAUCUUCCCUACGAUAUUUGGAACCACGCAGGGAGACAAAUCGACUGGAAGAUCGGGCUAUACAGGGCGCACGGAUCAGUCGAAUUCACACGCCCAGCCGAAGAGUGUUGAUACCAAAGACUUUGUUCCACUUGUGGAGGUUGGAAGCGUCCGAGAUGCUGAAAGAGGACGGGAGCACUGA